AUGUCACAGUCCACACUCAAGAAGAAAGAACGGCGACAACGUAAGUCCGCCAUCACAAGCUCACGCCUUUAGCUCCUCCCUCACUAAAAAGCCGUCCACCCCGCCGCACCUCCCCCAGCUCAACGAGCCCAGCUCGGCCCCAACGGUCUUGGCGGCGUCCCCCUCGACAUGGACUACGUAUCCCGUCGCAUAAAGCGUCACCUCAACGAUCUCGAACGCACGAACUACACCGAGCCUACGACAGGGCCCACGGCCUAUGGCGCCUCGGACGCGCCGGAUGAGGAUGGAACGGAAAAGGGCGUGACGCCAUUGAGGGAUGAUGAUAGUGCGUUGGAUAUUCAGCGUUCUGGUGGAUCCGCUCGACGAAAGGGUUGGGGCUUAUACCCAGAUAUCGAUCUCCCGUUCUGUGUGCAGUUGGGAGGGACAAGUCCGGUCGCAAGAAGCGCUCGAUGGCCGUUCGCAGUUUGCUCAUGUAUCGCAAGAACCUCGCCACCUUGGUUGACGAAUCCGUGAGGCGCAGAAAGAUCCCUUUCGAACAUGAAACAUCACCCAGCGACUAAACUCAAGCUCGCUUCUCCCGCCCGCUCAGGGUCUCUCCAAACUUGCCCCCACAACGCCAAGUUAUCUCACAGCGUCAGCCCCACCUUCGAAACGACCUCCACUCCAACUGUGUUCGGUCUGCGGCUACAAGGGGACGUACGGCUGUAUGCGGUGCGGUCAAAAAUACUGCGAUAUGGGGUGUCGAGCCAUUCAUGACGAGAGUCGUUGUGAGAAGCGAUAA